GGCGCCGGCCUGAGACCGUGCGGGGAGGCGCAGUCCCGCCCGGCUCCGCGCGGGGACUGAGGCGGCGAGUGGCCGCUGUACCCGGACCGCCAGGGGCCGAGCCGCCUGCGCAGCCCAGACUUCCCGGCUCUCCGAUUCCGCCGCGAGGGUGGGGGCGCCCCGGUGUCCCAGCGGACCCACUCCCCGAGCAGGAUGCGGCGCGGGCUGGGGCUGGGCUCUGCGCUCCUGCUGCUGGCGCUGCCCGCGCUCGCCCUGCUGGGCUCGGCCGCGCACGAUGAUGACUUUUUUCACGAACUCCCAGAAAGUUUUCCUUCAGACCCCCCGGAGCCUCUGCCCCACUUCCUCAUUGAGCCAGAAGAGGCCUAUAUCGUGAAGAACAAGCCAGUGAACCUUUACUGUAAAGCCAGCCCCGCCACGCAAAUCUAUUUCAAGUGCAACAGUGAGUGGGUGCACCAGAAGGACCACACCGUGGAUGAGAGGGUGGAUGAAACUUCUGGACUCAUUGUCCGGGAAGUGACCAUUGAGAUUUCACGGCAGCAGGUGGAAGAACUCUUUGGGCCCGAAGAUUACUGGUGUCAGUGUGUGGCCUGGAGUUCAGCAGGGACCACUAAGAGCCGGAAGGCCUAUGUGCGCAUCGCCUAUCUACGCAAAACGUUUGAGCAGGAGCCCCUGGGGAAGGAAGUGUCCUUGGAACAGGAAGUCUUGCUCCAGUGUCGCCCGCCUGAAGGGGUCCCCAUGGCUGAAGUGGAAUGGCUGAAGAAUGAAGACAUCAUCGACCCUGUGGAAGACCGGAACUUCUACAUCACCAUCGACCACAACCUCAUCAUAAAGCAGGCUCGACUCUCAGACACAGCCAACUACACCUGUGUGGCCAAGAACAUUGUAGCCCGGAGGAAGAGCACUACUGCCGCUGUCAUUGUUUACGUGAAUGGGGGCUGGUCGAUCUGGACCGAGUGGUCGGUGUGUAACAGCCGCUGUGGCCGAGGCUACCAGAAGCGCACAAGGACCUGCACCAACCCCGCCCCCCUCAACGGUGGUGCCUUCUGUGAAGGGCAGAGUGUGCAGAAGAUCGCCUGCACCACGCUGUGCCCAGUGGACGGCAGGUGGACCUCGUGGAGCAAGUGGUCUACUUGUGGGACGGAGUGUACACACUGGCGUAGGCGAGAGUGCACAGCACCCGCCCCCAAGAAUGGCGGCAAGGACUGCGACGGGCUGGUGCUGCAAUCCAAGAACUGCACUGAUGGACUCUGCAUGCAAAGUUUCAUUUAUCCUGUUCCAACUGAACAGAGAACCCAGAAUGAAUAUGGAUUUUCUUCUGCACCCGAUACAGAUGAUGUGGCUCUGUAUGUGGGCGUGGUGAUUGCCGUGAUCGUGUGCCUGGCCAUCUCUGUGGUGGUGGCCCUGUUUGUGUACCGCAAGAACCACCGUGACUUCGAGUCUGAUAUCAUCGAUUCCUCAGCUCUCAAUGGGGGCUUCCAGCCUGUGAACAUCAAGGCCGCUAGACAAGAUCUCCUGGCAGUGCCUCCGGACCUGACCUCGGCAGCAGCCAUGUACAGAGGACCUGUCUAUGCAUUGCACGAUGUCUCUGACAAGAUCCCUAUGACCAAUUCUCCCAUCCUGGAUCCACUGCCCAGCCUGAAGAUCAAAGUCUACAGCACACCAGGCACUGUCACACCCCAAGAUGACCUGUCAGAGUUCACAGCCAAGCUGUCUCCUCAGAUGAGCCAGUCCCUGCUGGAGAGCGAGGCCCUCAGCCUGAGGAGUCAGAGCCUGGCCAAGCAGACUGACCCCUCCUGCACGGCCUUUGGAACCUUCAAUUCCCUGGGGGGUCAUCUCAUUGUCCCCAAUUCAGGAGUGAGCCUGCUGAUUCCCGCCGGGGCGGUACCCCAAGGACGAGUCUACGAGAUGUACGUGACGGUACACAGGAAAGAAAACAUGAGGCCCCCCAUGGAAGAUGCCCAGACUCUGCUGACCCCCGUGGUGAGCUGCGGGCCCCCAGGGGCACUGCUCACGCGGCCCAUUGUCCUCACCAUGCAUCACUGCGCCGAUGCCAGCACCGAGGACUGGAAGAUCCAGCUCAAACAUCAGGCAGCCCAGAGCCAGUGGGAGGACGUGGUGGUGGUGGGAGAGGAAAACUUCACCACACCCUGCUAUGUGCAGCUGGACGCCGAGGCGUGCCACCUACUCACUGAGAGCCUGAGUACCUACGCCCUGGUGGGCCUGGCUGCCAGCAAGGCCGCUGCCAAGCGCCUAAAGCUGGCCCUCUUUGGGCCACUCUGCUGCUCCUCCCUGGAGUACACCAUCCGAGUCUACUGCCUGGAUGACACCCAGGACGCCCUCAAGGAGGUGCUGCAGCUGGAGCGGCAGCUGGGAGGGCAAUUGCUGGAGGAGCCCAAGGCCCUGCACUUCAAAGGUAGUACCCACAACCUGCGCCUGUCGAUCCACGACCUGCCCCACUCCCACUGGAAGAGCAAGCUGCUGGCCAAGUACCAGGAAAUCCCCUUCUACCAGGUGUGGAGCGGGGCCCAGCGGAACCUGCAGUGCAGCUUCACUCUGGAAAGGUUCAACCUCAGCACCACGGAACUGGUGUGCAAACUCUGCGUGCGGCAGGUGGAGGGCGAGGGCCAGAUCUUCCAGCUCAACUGCACUGUGUCUGAGGAGCCCAUGGGCCUUGACCUGCCCCUACUGGGCCCAGCGAGCACCAUCACCACUGUGGCUGGCCCUGGCGCCUUCAGCAUCCCGCCCCCCAUCCGGCAGAAGCUCUGCAGCAGCCUAGAUGCUCCUCAGACACGGGGUCAUGACUGGAGGAUGUUGGCCCACAAGCUCAGCCUGGACAGGUACUUGAAUUACUUUGCCACCAAACCCAGCCCGACGGGUGUCAUCCUGGACCUCUGGGAAGCGCAGAACUUCCCCGACGGGAACCUGAGCAUGCUGGCGGCCGUCCUGGAGGAGAUGGGGAGACAUGAGACAGUGGUGUCCCUGGCCGAGGGGCAGUACUGACGAUGAGGGCAUUCUGCCGUCCAGGACAUGACACUGAGGAGAAGACCAAGCUGGAAUGGUGACCUUCUCAGGCAUAGUCACAGCAGAGAGAGAGAGAGAGAGAGAUACCAAGCAGAACACAGGCCCAAACUCCCCUGGACACUACCACUCACAGCAGCUCAGAGAACUGUGUCCCCUCGGGCCUUGGGUCACUACCAACCUCCUCUCCUCUCCUGUCUUCUCCAGUCCUGCCCUCUCCCCCGCGGGGCUGUCUGCUGUGUGGGUACAGGACCUUACAGUUUCCUAGGAAACGCUUUUUAUUGCUAUCCAGAUAUAUGGAUGAACUUUCUUAACAAACCCGGUUUCUACCAAGCUUGUUUACAUCCCUUGGGGCAGGGCCACCAACCAGGGCAGUCCUGUUUCUGUUUUGUUUUGUCUUUUGGGUUGAGGUCAGCUGGGGUACAGGCCAUGGAUGGUGGGCUGUAUCUGAUUCACCCCAACCCCCUCACAGAGCACCCACGCUACCCCUAGUGGUGCCCGGCAGAUGUCUCAGACCAUCUGCCCACUGGCGUGCCCUUUCUAGAACUUGCAAGAACCAUCGCUGUUCAUGUCAGGGAAGUGGAGAGUCUAAGUGUAAUAGGGCUUGAGAUUCCAGAUUCCUGGAGGUUGGGGCGGGGGAGUAUCUCUCAGCAGUGGUGUCUUCUAGGAAUAAUGAGGUCACCUUGCAGGGAAGAGAGUCCAGCCAUCAUUCCUGCCUUAGGUGUGUCCCUAACAAGCAACUUGAUAUGUCUUGUUUUUUCAGAACUAUCAUUAUUAUCAUAAUUGUUGAGUAUCGGUGAGUGUCCUGGUAAAGAGACUUUCCUGUAACCUCUUUUGUUAGCCAUGCUGUUAGUCUUUAGGUUGUUGGCACCUUCUAGAAAGGUGGGCACGACCACCAGUUCAAUCCAACAGGCAUUGGUCCCUGGAUGUUCUGUCUUCCCUCACUCCACCCUCAAAAGGCUCUGAAUGGUUCCUGGUUAGGUUACCUUGCUCAGGCAGGGACUUUAGGCCAAGAUUCUUGGGACAAAGGUCUGUUUAAAGGUCACUUAGCAUCAGAGUUGUGUGGUCCAAGAUGAUGCCCCUACAACCCCAUCUUCUUAGUUCUGGGCCUUAGAACUGGUGAUCGGGAUACCAUUUCUCCUGCUGGUUUGAAGACAACAUUCAGCCUCCCUGGACCUCAGUCUCCUUGCUUGUAAAAUGAACGGGUGGGUUUAGAUCCUCUAGAGGCUCUAGAAGACUAGACUUCACUAGGAUGCUGCCCGCUGAUUCAGUAGUCUGAGCACCACAGUGGACUGUGACCUGGACCCUGACAGAGCCAGCUAGUCUCUCGCCCCAUCUCCAGGCUGCCUUCCCCAGCCCUCCUCCCCCUGUCCUCCCUGGUGGCCGACCAUCUUCUAGAUUAUAGAGCUGUUGUGUUUCCAAGUGUCUCUGUGUCAGUGCAGUACAGUUGUUCUCCCAGAAGGGGGUGCCCUCGUUCAACACGGCCUUCCCCCUCUUUGAGCUCACUUGCUUUCCUUGACUAGUUGCAAAUCAUGUUUAUUGUCUUAGUUGAAUUCUUUUUUUUUUCUGCUAAAAACAUGUAUAACCUGAAAUACAGUUGGCAGACUACUUUGCAUGAAGGAUGGUGUCUCCUCCAUCUGUCACAGGCUCUUGUGUUUAACCCAUGGACUCAAUUCACCCAGCAGGCAGAAAAUAAGGAGUCAAGGACAGAGUAGAGCAGCCAAGAUUCAGAAAGUACCUCCUGUUUGAAUCAGAGCCCACAAGACACAGUCGUGUUUUCAGUCUGUAGGGGCUGAAUGUAUCUAGGCUGUUGCCUGACUUGGGUCAGAAACCACUGUUCAUUCUCCCCCUUCUUUCCACAGACAUUUAUUCCCUCUGCUAUUUUGAUGCCUUCUUGAUGUUCCCAGGCCCCUUCAGUGUCAUUGAGGAACCCUGGGCAGAGAUGAUAGGUCCUCUUUUUUCCUUUUUUGUCUUUCGGUUCCUAUGAUUUAGGUACAUAGUCAAUGAUCUCUCUCUCUCUCUCUCUCUCUCUCUCUCUCUCUUUCUGGCAACCCCUUAUAUCAUAGACCACAAAUGUUAUACCCGUUAUGAAAGAUGAAGGUUGUCAUCAAACAAGUAGAGCAGACAAUAUUUAUACCAAUCCCUACAUGGUCAAGAGCUAGUAAAGUCUAACUUGUAAAAAUUUUUUUAAAAGAUGUUUUAAAAAUAGAAAGGGAGGAGAGCGAAUGUCCAUUGUUACUACAUCUUCAGUUACUUCUCCAGGUUUUUGAUUUUCACUGGUUUAGGAGGUCGUGACACUUUGGAAUCAAGAGUUAGAAAUCUCUCUUCCUGGGAGGUGCUACAGAGUCAAGAGCAUUGGCCUUGGAAGCAAGAGGUCCUGAGCUCCAUCCCCUAUGUCAUACAUGCCAGAGUGACACUCUGGUUCUCUUGCUUUCUCUGUCUCGUGUUAAUGAAUACAUAAUUCUUUAAAGAAGGAUCAGAAAUCUGAAGAAGGCUGAAAGGAACUCCCAUGCCCAGUGAGAAGCAGAGGGGAACAAACACGUAGCUAUUUACUAAUCCCAAAACGUUGGAUGAAAAAUGUCAUCUGGCCAGAAGCAUUGAAUUUAACAUGAACUGAACCAGGGGAGCCAGGGAGGUCUGUGGUGUUCAGUUCAGAUGCUCACCUGCUGACUCAGCACCCCAGCCCCAGAGAAGAUGGGUUGAUUUCUCGUGAGGGAGCUCCCACAGAGAGUACAACUUCCAUCAACACGUCACGCACCAUCCACCUGGAGUCACCUUUCACUGCACAUUCUAAUUUCCCUCUCCUUUGAAGCAAAGUAAAAGCUGUUAAACAGCUCUCAGACUGAACAGGUCCAGUUAGGGUCACAGGGAGUCCCUCCACCAGCCAGCCAUUCCACACAGCACAGGCUGCGUCAUUCCCAGAGGAGGGAGAACUGUUUGGUUGAGUUUGGUGCCAUCUUGUGGAGUGCAACCACCUACCCUGAGUCCAUAUAAAACCCCACAAGAAGUGUUUUUGCACAAGAGCUUAUUAGCCAGCGCCUUGAGGACAUGUAGACCUGGGGACAUUUCUACUCAACUGUGCAGAUGUCUUUGCCUCUCAUUUUCCACUUGCAUGACCCAUAUCCAAGAUGGCAUUUCACUGUGAACCCUGGCUGUCCUCAGCUUGUUCAAACAUGUUCCAAAUCGGCUUUGGUCACAGAAAUCUACACAGACUUGGAUGACGCAGUCUUGGGAGAACUGUCCUUUGGCCAUUUGUAUUUGUCCUUUGGCUUGCUAUGUUUAAAUUCUUCCUUUCAGUGCUCCUCUAUUUUGGGGAGAUGUGAGAAGUGCCCACAUCCUCUGAGGAAUGGAAUUGUUUUCUUAUAUACACCUGAGAACACCACGACUAAAGGAAGUGUGAAUUGUGCUGGAGCACCCACCAGAAGUAAAAAGCCUCCUUUCUUCUGAACUUGGGCGAGAUCUAAAGGCACAUGUUCCAUCCUGUUCUGUUACUGCUCUUGUCUUUUUUAUCAGAACUCAACUAUGGCUUAUGGUAGUGCCAGGGAUUGAACCUGGGACCUUGGAGCCUCAGCCAUGAAAGUCUGUGUGUAACCAGAGUGCUGUCUCCACAACCCUCAUUCAUAAUUUCUCCUCUCAUUCCCCAUAAGGGAUCUGGAAGGAUUAGAAAUGAGAUCAUUUAAGUGAUAUCUGGGCAGGUGCUCACAGCUACCAGCUUGUUUACAAAGGACAUGGAUGUCAGUCCGGACACUCACCUCCAUGAUUCAGCAAAACCCCCCAUUCUCUCAGCCUAAGCACCUGCUCCUGCAAAGGCAGGGCAAGGUCUUGUGUUGAAGUGUCCCCACCUAAACUGCCUGGCCCUCACUAAGUUUCCCCUGCACAGCAGUGUGUCAGGGUUUGGCCCCUCUACUCUCAGUAAGAGCCAUGCUUUAAGCUCAGGACUCUGGAAACAACACUUUGGGUAAUUUCAUGAAAGAGUGUUUCUCCUACAAGUAAGAUGCAUUCCAAGCAAACAUUCAGAGGGUGGGGGCAAGGCAUUUCUCCUUGAAAGCAACAACCAAGGCCCUUGUCCUCUGUGUUCAUGUGUGUGUGUGUGUGUGUGUGUGUGUGUGUGUGUAUGUGUGUGUGUGUAUGGGGGGGUAUUGUCACCAUGGCCAUGCCCCCCUAUCAUCUCUGUCAUUUCUGACCCAUGUCGCCAGGAUUCACUUGCCUUCAUUGCUCUGAAGUCUAUCCCCACAGGGUCAGGCCAAGGAGACCAUGUAAGGCCCUGUCAGCGAGAGUCAA